GACGGUUUUCUUUUUCUUUCAGUGCUAUUUGGUCGUUAGGAAGAGUCUGUCCAUUUCAGAACAUUGAAUGACACAAUUUCUGUCCACAUGUUUUACCUCUACUUAGUGUCUGCACUUUAAAUGCUGAGAUCCGGUUUUUGAUAUCAGACUUCAGGGAAUUAACUGCUGUGCCGUUUCAAGCUUUUCUUUCUAAUUAUUGAUAAUUUGAUAUAUAUUUCCCUAUAAAAUGUCAGUUUUUCUGUGUUAAACUGUCUUACAAUUGAGUAUAAACAGCCAGCAUUGUGUGAACUAAAUUGAUAUUAUUGUAAUGUUCUUUUGAGAAAAUGAAUCGUUCAACUACAAUAAUUUAAAUGAGUGCUUUUCGGAAGAGGCACAUUUAUGCUGAAUCUCUGCAGUUUUCUAGUAUGAACUCUCAGGGCCGCUGUUUACCAGGAUAUCAACAACUGGCAGCUUUUGUAGCAGCACCUCCCAUGUAACAUCGGCGUAAUAAAGACAGAACACGACGGGAAAUACGGGCCACUCAAUUCAUUCACAUUAUCUGGGAUAGAAAUGUCGACUUUACUUGUCACCUUUCUUGUGUGAAUGGUGGAUGUGCGGAAUUGACUGCUGGUAGUGGAAUUUACGUCGGUUGUAUGGGAUAUAAACAUCGCAGAAAAUAUACGGAGAGAACAAUGGCAUCGCAGGUACUGUUGUUUAUCGCUCUCCUCUUCAUCGGAACGGUGGUGGGGCAAGUCAGCUAUACUGUUCCGGAGGAAUUGUCAAGAGGCUCUUUAGUCGGUAAUAUAGCACAAGACUUAGGUUUAGAAAUCAAACGUUUAUCUUCUGGCAAAGCUCGAAUUUAUACUCGGGAAAGCGACGAGUACAUCGCGCUGAACAGAGAAAGAGGAGUCCUCGUAGUGAAAGAGAGAAUCGACAGAGAGGCGCUUUGCAGGAAGACGACGCCUUGUGCUUUACAUUUUCAGAUUAUUUUGGAGAAUCCUAUGGAAUUUUACACGGUCACGGUCCAGAUCACUGACAUUAAUGAUAAUCCACCAACCUUUAAAAAGGGGGAAACGAAAUUCAAAAUAAGCGAAUCUGCGGUGAUCGGUGCAAAAUUUGUGCUGGAAAGGGCUUUUGACCUUGAUGUUGGUAUUAAUAGUGUAAAUGGGUACGAAUUAAAACCAUCAGAUAAUUUUGCUCUCAAGCUGCACAAUAAUGUAGAUGGAAAUAAAAAUGUUGAGAUGGUGUUACAAAAGCCUUUAGAUAGAGAGAAAGAGGAACAGAUAUCUCUUGUUUUAACUGCUGUAGAUGGAGGAGAGCCGCAGAUGUCAGGAACAAUGCUGAUUGUCAUUACAGUUUUAGACGCUAACGAUAAUGCUCCAGUUUUUACACAGCAAACGUACAAAGCUACAGUUACUGAGAAUUCACCCAAAGGAACAGUCGUUGCUACUGUUACAGCAUCUGAUGCAGAUCAAGGAUCAAACAGUAAGAUCACCUAUUCAAUCACAAAUUCAAUUGACGAUGACAGUAAAGUAUUUGAAAUAAAUGAUGAAAACGGCGAAGUAACUUUAAUUGGAAACAUUGACUUUGAAGUGUCCCGACACUAUCAACUAAACGUACUUGCUAGUGAUGAAGGAGGACUUACUGAUUCCUGCAAAAUAGUUGUUGAUGUUCAAGAUGUAAAUGACAACAAACCUGAAAUUAAUAUAAUGUCGAAGUCAACAGUGAUUUCUGAGGAUGCUAAACUACAUACAGUCGUUACUAUGAUAAACAUCGAAGACAAGGACACGGGAGAAAACGGAAAAGUUCAUUGUAUCAUCGGUGAGAAUAUACCAUUUAUAUUAAAAACAUCAACAAAUAGUUUCUAUAGUUUAACCACAGACAGUGAUUUAGACAGAGAGAGGGACUCUGAAUAUAAUAUCACAGUGACCUGCUCUGAUGAGGGAGUGCCCUCCCUCUCCAGCAGCGUCACUCUCACCUUACAGAUCUCAGAUGUUAAUGACAACGCACCUUUCUUUGAGAAGAGCUCAUAUGAGGCCUACAUUGUAGAAAAUAACACACCAGGCCUCUCUAUAUUCACCGUGAAAGCCAGAGACGCUGACUGGAACCAGAAUGCCCGUGUUUCUUACAUGCUGGAGGACUCGUCUGUUAAUGGAGUGCCAGUCUCCUCAUAUGUGUCCGUUAGUGCUGAUAGUGGAGUCAUCCACGCAGUGCGAUCUUUUGACUACGAGCAGAUCAAAGAUUUUCAGUUCCACAUUAAAGCUCAGGAUGGAGGCUCUCCUCCACUCAGUAGCAACGUAACAGUGAAAAUCAUGAUCCAGGACCAGAAUGACAACCCUCCUCAGGUUCUGUAUCCAGUCCAGACUGGUGGCUCUCUGGUGGCUGAGAUGGUUCCUCGUUCAGCAGAUGUGGGCUAUCUGGUGACUAAAGUGGUGGCUGUUGAUGUGGACUCUGGACAAAAUGCCUGGCUCUCCUAUAAACUACAGAAAGCCUCAGACAGGGCGCUGUUUGAAGUGGGCUUACAGAAUGGAGAAAUCAGAACUAUCCGCCAAGUGACUGAUAAAGAUGCUGUGAAACAAAGACUGACUGUUAUAGUGGAGGACAACGGGCAGCCCUCUCGUUCAGCUACAGUCAUUCUUAACGUGGCGGUGGCGGACAGCUUCCCUGAAGUGCUGUCGGAGUUCACUGACUUUCCACACGACAAGGAGUACAAUGACAACCUGACUUUUUACUUAGUGUUGGCUCUGGCUGUAGUUUCCUUCCUCUUCAUCACGUGUUUAGUGGUUAUCAUAUCAGUGAAGAUCUACAGGUGGAGACAGUCUCGCAUCCUGUAUCACUCCAACCUCCCUGUGAUUCCAUAUUAUCCACCACGUUACUCAGACACUUUGGGGACAGGGACUCUCCAACACGUGUACAAUUACGAGGUGUGUAGGACAACUGACUCCAGAAAGAGUGACUGUAAGUUCGGCAGAGCUGGUAGUCAGAACGUGUUGAUAAUGGACCCCAGUUCAACAGGGACAAUGCAGCGGAUACAGACUGAGAAGAGCAUCCUGGAUGAACCAGACUCUCCUUUAGAGGUGAGACUGCUUUAA